AUGAAUAUCUUAAAUCAAAAAUAAGUGUAGGAAAAAUAAGAAACAAUAUGUAAAAUUCAUAAUCUAGAAUUGAUCGCUGUUGACUUUGACUUAUCAGAUAAAUCAUAGAUAUAAUUCUUUUGUGGUAAAUGCUUAGUUGAGAAAAUGAAUAACAAUAAAGUGACUACGAUUGAGUAAUCAAAAGAGAGAAUCUAAUUAGUGAAGGCUUAAUAAAGAGAUAUCAAAACUAAAGAGAAUCAAGCAAGACUAAGCUAUUAUAAAAAUAUAUUAGAUUAAAUUAUGGAUUUCAAAUAAUCAAUAAAUGAUUCUUUGGAGAAGAUGUACAAAUAAAUAUAAUAAUAUAUAUAUCCAAUUUAAAAAGAAAAAUAAGAAAUAUAAGAAUAUGAAUAAUAAUUAAAUUACUUUGAAGACAUAAAAUAAUUGUCUGAAUUAUAUUCUUAAGAGUAAUAGAAAUCACCUAAAUUAAUAGAAGAUAAUCAUUUCAUCAAUGAAAUAUAAAGAUAAUUUGAACUAUUAUUCAAUAGUUCUGAAUACUUUUAGACAUUAGAUACAUUUAAAAAUACAAAAGAAACAAUUAAAGAUAUUAUGGAAAAUAAUGUUAUUGAGUUAAUUCCUUAACUUAUCAAAAAAAAUGAUUAUGUAUAAUCUAUUUAAUAUUUAUAGAAAACACCAAGUUUAAGUAGAAUUUGCAGUAAUCAUAAAAAGGAAAUUAUUAUGAUUGAUAUGGAUUCAUCAACCAAUAAAAUUGAAGAUAGAUUUGCAUGUGUUGACUGUAUAUCUGAAAAUCCAUAAAUAAAAUAUUAAACAAUUGAAAAUGUGGAUAAGUAAUGGAAGGAAUAUAACACAGAAACUGAAAGGAUAUGUAUAUAAUAUAAAAAUGAAAGCAAAGAAAAAAAGUCUGAAUUAUUCAAUUAAUUAGCUCAUAUGAGAAAGAAUUAUAAUAAAAAAUUGAAUGAAAUAAGUGAUAAAUUGAUUACAGAAUAAUUUUUAUCCAUUGUUAAAACUAAACAAUCUAAUUAAAUAAAAAAGAUUUCGAUUUAAGCAUUAGAUGAUGAAUAAUUAUUGAAAGAUUUGAAGUAAUUAAUUGAAAAGGAAAAAGAAAAAGUAUAAUAAAGUUAAAUAAUCACAAAUUUAAAAAAUAAGGAUUAGAUUUUCAAAAAAGAUAUUUAGUAUCAUUUAGAAUCUUUGCAAUAAUAUGACCAAUAGGAUAUUUAAUAAUCAUUGGAUAUAUUAAAAGAUAUUUCAAGUAUCAAAUUUAAUAAUCCUUUUUAUAGUUGAAAAAAAUUUAAUUAUCUAGCUGAUUGAUUUGAUCUAAGAAAUGUAAACAUGUGCAUAAAAAGAUGAAAACUAUAAAAACUAAAUAAAUUUUAUAAAAGAAAUUUAAGAAUUAAUUGAUUAGGCAAAAAAAUAUCAAUGCCAAUUAAAUCUAUUUGAUUAAACUAUCACCAUUUAUUAAUAGCAUGUUUAGAAGAUAGAAUACAUUUAAUAAAAUAUAUAGAUUAAAACUUAAGAUUAAACAAUUAAAUCAGAAUAAUUAAAGUCUUAAUAUUCUAAAUUAUAAAAUAUUUUGAAUGAAUAUUCAAAUAAAUUUGAUAAUAAUAGUGUAUAAUUGAAAAAAUAUUGUACCAUUAAAUAAUUGGAGAAUGACAUAAUAAAAUUAAAUGAAGCUUAUAAAAAAUUAGAAGUUGAAAGUAAUGCUUUAUAAUAUUAAAUAGAAAAUAAUUUUAUUAGUUCUUAGGAAUAGUAAUUUGAGUAGAAACUUAAUGAGAUAAAUGGAAAGUUAUAAUUAAAGGAAAAAGAAUAAAAGGAUAUCAUAGAAUAAUAUUAAUAAACAAUUUUAGAUAAUACAAAUGUUAAAAAGUAAUAUGAAUUAGAUAAGAUGGCAAUUAUGAAGAAAUUGGAAGAUGAAUGUAAUGAUUUUGAUUUUAUUCCUUAGAAAACAAAUUAAAAUAGGAAUUUAAUCAAAAUUUAAGUUAAAAAGAAUCAGAAUUAAAAGAAGCAUUAAGUAAACUUGAUUAAAUUAAUAAAAUUAAAUUAGAAUAAGAAAAAUAAAAUAAAAUUGAAUUAGAAAAAGUAUUAUUAUAAUCAAUUUAUUAUAUUAUUUUUAGAUUCAAUAAUAUAAUAAAUCAUUAUCAUUUUCAAAUACUUAUAAACAUAAUAAUUGUGAACUAAGUGAAUGUACAAAACUUGUGGCAGAAGUUGCUAAUAAUGGUUACUUUUUUUGUCUUUGUGAAUAAGCAAUUCCAAAGACAGGAAAAAUAUAAUUUGCAUUUUAAAUACUUAGUGGAUCAUAUUUUCAUGUUGGAAUAGGAUUUAGAGACAUUAUGUAGAAAAAUAAUUAUUAGGAUUGUUAUUAAACUGGGUAUGGGUAUAUAAUAAUAUUAUAAUAGAACAUAUUUAAUAAGAUAAGAUGGUUAUACUUAUUCACAUCAUAACAAAGAUUUAUAUCAUAAAAAAUUAUCUUUCUAAUUUACAAAUAAUGAUAUAAUAAUAAUUGAAGUAUGUAUUGAACAUAAAUACAUUAAAUGGAGUAGAUAGAAUAAUUCAUAAGCAACAUUUGUUGUAAAUAUAAUAUCGAUUAAUAGUAGUUGGAUAUAGAUACAUCAUAAGAAUUAUAUCCAUGUGUGGGUGUUGCGCAUAAUUCUAAAAUAAAAUUAUUGGAUAAUAUACCAGUUUGA